AUGCCACAGCGCCGGCCCCGCUCCUCUACCGCCUCCUCCGCCGCCUUCUCACCCGUCUCCACAAACUCUUCGAUUCAACCAGAUCACUCCUUCCGCCGCCCCCGUCCCCGCCGUCGAGACUCUCUUCUGGACCGUAACGUCGCAGCUCUUCGGCAAAUCGACGUGGACUCGAGCGACGUCUCCGUCGACCCUGCCUCCUCGCCCACCAUCACCUCCUUCUCGGGCCGUAGCCCCGUGCGCGAACCAAGGCUAGUUCCCGCUCACAGGGAGGGCUCCUCCAGGCUCUGUGAACAGGAACCCUCGACGAGCACAGUACGCCGUCGCCGUGUGGAGGGAGGACCUCCCAGCGGCACUGACCUCAACCAUGCAGCCACCAAAGGCAGCCCGUGGACAUCCGACGACCUGGAGCGCCUAUACCGCACCGUCAAGGUGACGAGGCGGGAUCUGAGCUGGGCGACCGUCGGCGACCGCGUCGGCGAUCGGACUGCUGGCGAGUGCGCGGCCAAGUGGAGGGAGGUCGAGGUCAAGAUCAUCAACUUCAUCCGCACGUUAGGAGAGGCGGGAAACCCCGGAGAUGCAGACGAGAGCGCGAGUGAGGAGAACGAUGACCGAUUCGGCGACGACGAGUGGGAGGCCGGGGAGCCGAACAGCGAGGACGAGGGAAAUUGUGCGGAGAGGAGUAGGGGGACGAGAGCACGGAGCGAGGGCAAGCGGUGAGUUUCGUGGAAUUAGUUCUGGCUUUAAAAGGGCUGAGACAUGAAGCAGAAGUUGAACGUCAUGAGGAAUGAAGGACGACAUGACUUUGGGUGGCGUGAACAAAGUUGAGACACAGGGACUUUGGCAUGUUUCAAUCGGGG